GCAAGUGGAACAGGAGCUAGAAAACGAAAGACAGCUGCCAGGCAGGUGCAAUAAUAAAUAUCAAGGAGUCUAAAGUAGAAGAGAAAAUCGAGUGCUCAAAACCAGAGGCAGAGCCAAUUUCUGCAGAGACACAGACUCUCUCUCUCUCUCUCUCUUCGUUCUGUGCUUCAACUUUGAAAGAUGGGAAGAGGAAAGUUCAAGGGCAAGCCCACCGGUCACCGCAACUUCUCUACCCCCGAAGAAAUGCUUGCCGGUAGCUCUUCUCGCCCACGAACUUUUAAGAAGGAAGAAGCUGAAGAGGUGGUAGAAGAAGAGUCUGAAGAGGAAGUAGAAGAAGAACAAGAUGAAGAACCUGAGAAGCGAAAAGGCACCUCGGGUCUCAUUGAGAUUGAAAAUCCCAAUUUAGCAAAAUCAAAGAAUUUGAAGGCUAAAAAUGCUGAUAUUGAGAAAACAACUGAACUCUCUAGGCGUGAAAGAGAGGAGAUAGAGAAACAAAAAGCUCAUGAGCGAUACAUGAGGCUGCAGGAACAAGGAAAAACGGAGCAAGCAAAAAAAGAUUUAGAACGCUUAGCCCUGAUACGGCAACAAAGAGCAGAGGCUGCUAAGAAGCGGGAAGAGGAGAAGGCUGCCAGAGAGCAGAAAAAGACAGAGGCACGCAAAUGAAAAGAUUCUGAAGAUGCCAAUUAGAUAAAUCUUGGUUGUUUUCUCUUUAUAUUUUAACUUAUUUACCUGUACUCUGAAGCUACUAAAUUUUCAUUAAUAGUAAUGCAAUUUGGUUUUUAUAUUCGGAGAAUGUCAAAAAAUUUGUUAUAGCCCUUCUUGUUUGUUAUUGAGGAAAGAUUGGUGUUGAAUAUUGUUCUGGUAAUAUGAUUAAGAACAUUGAUUUAGUAGCAAUAUGUCGCUUUAUUGAGGUUGAUUUGUGAACGAGGAAUAUUCUUUAUGGAUGGAGUUGUACAUUAUUUCGUUCC